AUGGAUCCUAUUGCCGCUGAGAAUUGGCUAGAGGCCAUAGAAACGGCCUUCCAUUUUAUGAACUGCCCACCAAAGUAUGAAGUCCAUUGUGGGACAUAUAUGCUGAAAGGAGAAGCGCACUUCUGGUGGAAAGGUGCUCAGAAAACCAUAGUACCACAAGGAGAGUUUAUUACAUGGUGUCAGUUUAAAGACACAUACCUCCACAAUUACUACCCAAUCACUGCCAGAGUGAAAAUGCAGGCCGCGUUCCUCGCAUUGAAACAGGGAGACAGAUCAGUGGGGGAUUAUGACUUGGAGUUCAAUAGGCUGGCAAGGUUUUCUCCAGCCUAUGUUAGUUCUGAGGAGUUGAAGGGCGAACGAUUUAUUGCUGGCCUGAGGGAAGAACUAAGGGGGAAUGUGGCAUCCCAGUCAUCAUUUGUCUAUACGAAAGCCCUUCAGGUGGCGACCCUGCUCGACUCGCCCCGUACCGACAAGCUUCAGUUGGGAAUAGCACAAUCAUCCCACACUGCGGCCCAGGGAAAGGGGGCAUACCCUAGCCACCCCAGAACUGGCAGACCACCCCGUGGCCGCACUGAUAGGCGAGGGAGAGCCCCGGUACGGAACAUGACCUUGUGCCCUAAUUGUCGGCGUCCUCACACGGGGGAAUGCAGAGCAGGAACAGGCGCCUGCUACAGAUGCGGUCAGGUAGGGCACUUUGCAGUGGAUUGCCCUCAGAGAAACGAUCAGCGUGUCAACCUGCCUGCAGUACAGCAUCAGAGGGGCCAAGCCGGCCAACAUCAGCAGGGGCGAGCUGUAGCCCAUGCAACAAUAGCCAGGCAAGCUGACCAGCCUGACGCGGUUGUCACAGGUACGCUACCCGUAUUUGGUCAUCUUGCAUUAGUGUUGUUUGAUUCGGGUUCGACGCAUUCAUUCGUAUCUGAAGAGUUUGUAGAGCUAGCACAGCUAGAGAAAGAACUUUUAGAGAUUACCCUAUCAGUGUCUACCCCUGCUCACGAGCUGUUGCUAGCUACCCAUAGGGUGAAGGGAGGGAUUGGCUAG